AGAAGAACCAUGAGGUUCAUCCUGCCCAUGGGUUUAAUUGCGACCACACUCGCCAUUGCUCCUGUCCGCUUCGACAGGGAGAAGGUGUUCCGCGUGAAAAUCCAGGAUGAGAAAGAAGCUAACAUCAUAAAGGACUUGGCCAAAACCAAUGAGAUUGACUUCUGGUAUCCAGAUGCCAUGCACCAUGUAGCUGCUCAAAUGACGGUGGAUUUCCGAGUUAGUGAGAAGGAAUCCCAAUCCAUCCAGUCUGCCUUGGAUCAAAAUAAAAUGCCCUAUCAAAUCCUGAUUAAUGAUCUACAGGAAGAGAUUGAGAAGCAGUUUGACGUUAAGGAAGACAAGCCAGGCAGGCACAGCUACAGGAAAUACAAUAGCUGGGACAAGAUUGUGGCUUGGACUGAAAAAAUGGUGAAUAAGAAUCCCAAAAUGGUCUCUCGUAUUCAAAUUGGGUCUACAGUUGAAGAUAAUCCACUCUAUGUUCUCCAGAUUGGGAAAGGAGGUGAAAGUAGAAAGGCUAUUUUUAUGGACUGCGGAAUUCAUGCACGAGAAUGGGUCUCCCCAGCAUUCUGCCAGUGGUUUGUCUAUCAGGCAAUCAAAACUUAUGGAAGAAAAAAAAUUAUGACCAAACUCUUGGACCGAAUGAAUUUUUAUGUACUUCCUGUGUUCAACGUUGAUGGAUAUAUCUGGUCUUGGACACAGAACCGCAUGUGGAGAAAAAAUCGGUCCAAAAACCAAAACUCCAAAUGCAUUGGCACUGACCUCAACAGGAAUUUUAAUGUUUCCUGGAACUCUUUUCAUAACACAGGAAAUCCCUGUCAGGACAUCUACAGGGGCCCUGCACCAGAGUCUGAGAAAGAAACGAAAGCUGUCACUGACUUCAUUCGAAGCCACCUGAAAACCAUCAAGGCAUACAUCACUUUCCAUUCCUACUCCCAGAUGCUAUUGUUUCCCUAUGGGUAUACAACAGACAAGCCACCCAACCAUGGGGACCUGGACAAAGUUGCCAAGAUUGGCACUGAUGUUCUAGCUACUCGGUAUGAAACCCGCUACAUCUACGGCCCAAUAGCAUCAACAAUUUACCCAACAUCGGGUUCUUCCUUAGACUGGGCUUACGACUUGGGCAUCAAACACACAUUUGCCUUUGAGCUCCGAGAUAAAGGCAAAUUUGGUUUUCUCCUUCCAGAAUCGAGGAUAAAGUCAACCUGUAGAGAGACCAUGCUAGCUGUCAAGUUUAUUGCCAAGUACAUCCUCAAGCAUACUUCCUAAAGAAUUGCUCAGUUUGGAAAAUAUCCAUCCUUCUUUUUUUUUGUGCCUUUCACCAGAAAGUCAAUUCAUUGAAAUAUACAUAUAUCCCUAGAUGUGGCUUCUGCAUUACCUGAAUAGGUCUUUUUCUUGCUUACUUUUAAGUUUCAUGUUAUCUCUCUUUGCUUUUAUUUUAUUACUUUCAGUAGCACCUUAAGAAAGCAGCUUUAAGUGCAAACUUUUAACCGCCAAGUGAGGUUUCAACCCAGUGGAAGACAUUAUUUUGAGUAUUUUGAAAGGUGAUACACAGUGGGACACAGCAUUUUUUAAAAAGAACAAAGAAGGGAACUUCCGUUUCUCCAAAAUUAGGUUUUCACUAUGUGGCUUGAUCAUUUUGUGUGCUAAUGUAAUAAAAAAUAAAACACAUUCUAAUGCUCUUUUUAAAAAAUGUAACAUCUGUUUCAAUAAACUACAGUU